ACGAUAAAAAUAAAGAUGAAUUAAGAAAUGCUUGUUUAACCAUUAUUCCAAAAUCUCUUAUCCAUGUUAUCUUAUAUCUAUGAUAAGAGAGAUUUUCCCAUGCCCAUUAACAUUGUAAAGAUGCAGACCAACGAUCUGGAUCAUGAGUUAGUGUAGCAAAAGGCAGCAAGCAGAUUGAGUGAGCCUCCCUUAGAAAUGCUCUAUCUUAAAGGGCCGUCGUACUUUCUCUUAUCCUAUUUAUAUUUCGUUCCAAACGUCUCUCUCAAUCGAAUCUAAUCCUCUACGACGACCGAAGCCACCAUUUUUCUUGCCAUUUUCUUCUUUCUUCAAUUCUCAUCUCCUUCCUUGCCUGCGUGUCUACUCUUUCUAGGUACUCCGCUCUGAUCAAAGAACAAUGUGGGCCCUAACGUACGGAAAAACCGGCGACGUUGAGACCGGUGCUCGACUCCUCCAACCGAUGAUGCUCGAGAGCCAAGAGCUGCGGUGGGCCUUCAUUAGGAAGAUAUACUCCAUCAUCAUCGUCCAGAUGCUGCUGACCAUUGCCGUCGCUGCAAUAGUCGUCACCGUCCGCCCCAUCUCGAACUUCGUCUUGUCGAGGCCUGGGCUGGGCCUCUACAUCUUCAUCAUCAUCCUGCCGUUCAUCGUUCUAUGUCCUCUGUAUUACUAUUCUCAGCGGCAUCCUGUGAAUUUUCUUCUCCUUGGCCUGUUUACAGUGUCUAUUAGCUUCACCGUCGGGCUGUCGUGUGCAUUCACCGUCGGGAAGGUUAUUUUAGAAUCUGUUAUUUUAACGACUGUGGUGGUCAUAAGCCUCACACUCUACACGUUCUGGGCUGCUAGGAGAGGCCAAGAUUUCAACUUCCUUAGAACGCUCGUGUUUUCUACCAUAUCGGUGCUGAUGUUGUUCAUCGUCAUCCAGAUCUUCUUCCCAAUGGGUAAACUAUCAGUGAUGAUAUAUAGCGGCCUGAUGAAGCACUACAAAUAUGAUGAGUAUAUAUGGGCCUCUGUCACUUUGUAUCUCGACAUCCUUAACCUUUUCUUGGCACUGCUUUCACUCUUCAGAGCUAAGAGUAGAUGAUACUUGAAUUAGACAAAAGCAAGGUACUUUGGUGUGCCUCUUUGAUGCAAGCCCAAUUCAAGGCGAACGCCCAACCCAUCAACUAGGCGCAAGCCUCAGUAUUCAACCAUUAUUUCUAGCCCAAGUGCAUUCAUGAUGCAUGGCUUUGGGACUAUGUUGUAUGCUUGGAAAAUAAAAAGUUUGAAAUUGAAGUACGAAUUGGAAAUGUAUCUGGAAUUAUUU